AAUACCGGUACUUGGGAGACAGUUCGAAAAAGCGGUUGGCAGCCUUCUAAUGAUGGUCUCCGGUAGGACCGCUACUACUACCGCUGCAUUAGUCUCAAGACCGCGUUAGAGUAGGAGGUUUCUAUGCCUGCCCACGUGUCACUAGGGUCAACUAGUCAACCAGAGAGUACACGCCAAGAUGACUCUCAAAGACCUAACUUAAUAAUGUCCCCCAUUUCCACAUUUAUGCAUGCAAAUGCGACUGUUUCUUUCUCUAAUUUCUAAAUCCAGGCUAAGGCAAAAGUACUCAGGUUCACCCCUUAACAAAGGCAAACUAAGGAUAUCCAAAAUGGGCCACCGUCGUAUACCCAAGUUUCUUCAGGUCAAUACCGCGGACGUCCUACCGGUCAGGUGCCUCUUUCAAGAUGGCAGAAUUGGCACAUUGGCUGAGCUUCGAGACACAGUCCUGUCCCAAAAUGUGUAUCUCGUCGGUCUCGAUGUGGAGGGCCAAGAAGGUGUAUCAAACGGCGUUAACAGUAUCGGCAUAGCAGCUUGUGCCAGGCCAGACACAAAGCUCCUGACUGAUGCUUCUCUGCAUACUGAAGGCUCUGUGGAUCUUUCUGACAUCAUGAGGAGGCACGAGAUCGAUGCAUAUGUGUUAGGCUGCGCAAGUCGUCGGAAAAAGGCUGGGUUUGAGAGGUUUCCUUUUGGUGAAGUUCGUCAGAUUGCAAAAGACUGCAUAGAAACACAUCUAUUGGAAUGGCUGAGCGCGAGGCUGGGGAAGACUUUGGGGCAAGCCGGCGAAGCGAUCCUGGUGACUUGGGGCUGCCAAGGCGAAUUUCACGCCAUGGCCACCUUAUUCCCGAGGCUUGCUCGUUGCUUCUCUCGCUGGGUUGAUGUCAGCGAGGUUGUAUUAAGAACCAUGGUUGCAGGAUCAAAGAGACCCUCCUUACGGGACACCAUGCUAUCGAUGGGGUUUGACAGACGCUACGUCCAGGGAACGUGGAGACAGCACCACUCGCCGGGCAUGGAUGCAGCGCGGGUGCUGGCCGUCCUAAUCCAGCUUUGGUCGAAACCGCCAGGGUGUCAGAUGGAGGUUCUCCCCUUCAGAAUGCUGGAGCGAGAGCGCCGUAGAAUCUGGUCCCAGAAACCUCCUUCAUCCACGUUCCCCUUCAUGGUUCGUAUAAUGACCAAGCCGCAAGAAACUGGGGAAGUCACCUCCCUGCCCGAAGAGCUCAAGUUUGCAGAGAGGCUCUUCAAAUUUCUCGAGAGGAACGUCGCCAUACCGCUAGCCGUAGCGGUUUGCGAGAGAAAGCAUCGGGGUGCCCAAGAAUCGGCCAGGAAGGGGAACGUCGGCUACGCAUGCUUCGACGAUAAAGCUACGGUUGAUCUUGUCUUAAGAUGGGACGGUCGUUAUAUUGGCGCCAAGAAGCUUGCUCUCGACAAUGUCAGCCUCGUUUCCGAAAAGAAAGCAUCAACGGUAGACAUGGACUUUCCAACCCUUGUGUAGGCCAGCACUUCCUUUGAAUCAUCGACCAAUGAUCGCCACUCACCCUACUUGUUCGAGAACGAAGUCAUUCUACGGAACAGGUACCAAGUUUCAAAUGAAAAUGAAAGACAAAACCAAAAAAUAUGUUUAGUGGAACCUCUCUAUCACAGUACUCGUUUGGGCAUACAUGAUUGACGGGAUUACUUUCGAGGAUCGGUGCCCUAGAACGACCCUCACCGGCCUAAUAAACCGACGCCAUGACCACUCGGCCACCCGGGCUUUCGACAUUAUUGGGAAAUGGAAAGAAAACGGAGUUGAUAAGGGGAGGGCUGCGUGGGGAAGGUAUUGGGAGAGCGGAGGCGAAGCGUGGAGGUACCACCUGGGCG